GCGCGUAUAAGCAGCAAACUUUUAAAUUUUUUGAACCAGUACUACUAGCGCCCUCGAUGUGAUAGUACUUGAAGUUAAAGCCGAGUGUUCACGUGGGUUCCCGAAGUGGGAACCUCUCUUUCUCUUGUCAAUCUGUGUGUGCAGAAGACAAUUAUAUUAUAAAUAAUGGCCAAGCAAAAGGGUGAAAAGAAAGGCACAUCAGCCAUCAAUGAAGUAGUCACACGCGAAUACACCGUCAAUCUGCACAAGCGAUUGCAUGGCGUUGGCUUCAAGAAGCGCGCACCGCGUGCCAUCAAGGAGAUCCGCAAAUUCGCGGUGAAGCAAAUGGGCACACCUGAUGUGCGUAUUGACACCCGCCUCAACAAGCAACUGUGGUCCAAGGGUAUCCGUAAUGUUCCAUUCCGCAUCCGCGUGCGAUUGUCGCGCAGGAGGAACGAUGAUGAGGACUCCGUCAACAAGCUAUUCACUCUGGUAACAUAUAUACCAGUUGCUGGAUUCAAGGGCUUACAAACUGAGAAUGUUGAUGUUACACAGGAGUAAGGAUUCAAUAAAUAAGAACUUUAUUUA